AUGUCUUUGCAUCAAGUGGAGCAGCAGCAGCAGCCGCAGCAGCAGCUGCAGCGGCAACUGCAGCAACAGUUACAGCAGCAGCUUCAGCAGCAGCAGCAGCAGCAGCAGCACCUGCAGCAGCAGCACCUGCAGCAGCAGCACCUGCAGCCGCAGCAGCUGCUGCUGUCCCCACAAAGCGGCUUCGCCUCUCCCACAACUCCUUCUCAGAAGCCCUCAAGUGACUGCAGCGAGGAGGACGAGUGUCUCCCAUCUGCUGCUGCUGCUGCUGCUGCUGCUGCGGUCUUCGCUGCUGCAGCAGCCUGCCUCACCUGCAACUGCUUCUCGCAGGGCAGCAGCAGCAGCAGCAGCAGCAGCAGCAGCAGCAGCAGCAAGUGCUGCUGCAGCUGCCACGUCCCGGCGGAGGUGCGGCUCCCUUUGGGGGCAGAGACGGUAGAAGAAGUCUUGGAGCUAGCAGCAGCACGAGCUCUUGCUGCUGCUGCUACGCAGCAGCAGCAGCAGCAGCCGCAGCAGCAGCAGCCACAGAAGCAGCAGCAGCAGCAGCAGCAGCAGCAGCAACGGCAGCUGCUGCUGCUGGCUACGCCCAAUGACGCGCUCUCUUAUGAGGAAGAAGAGGCUCUAGUUGAUGCAGUUUGUGGCUGGCAGCAGCAGAAGCGGCUGCAGCAGCUGCUGCAGCAGCAGCAGCAGCAGCUGUCUCCUGCUGCUCGCCAGCUGCUGCUGCAGGUCUUGAGAAGGAGAAUUGCUCGUGCUGCUCCGCUGCACCGUUUGCUGCCUCUUUGUCUUCACUUUGGCGUUAUCAGGGACCCUCAGGUAAACCCUAAACCCUAA